ACUUUUUGUUGUCCGGACAAUGAAAUGCCUCGGAAACCUUUGUGUAGCUUCUUCCAUGUAUGUUUUCAUGGAACUUCAUGUUAUUGGUUAAUCUCAUGAUUCUGGGAAGUCCUUUUAUUAAGCAAAGCUCUACCAAUGCAUAUUAGAUUUUCAUUGAACCAGUUAAAGGUUGCUAGACAUCACACCAAUCACCAUCAAGAUAAGCAGAUCACACAUUAUUAGUGCAGGAACAGUAGCUAUAGAUUGUGAGAUAAAAAGCUGGAGAAGUUAUGGUUAGAUUUCAGUGAAAAGGUUGCUUUUCGGAUAUGGAAGAAGACCAUUACACUUCAAGUUGGCCUGCUGUUACCGCAGAUGCAAAUUGGGUUCCAACCAAUUCUGCAGCAUAUGAUGAGUCCCUCCUAUUUCCUCUGUCGGUACCAUCUAAUGCCUCAGCCUCUACCACCUUUCAAGUUAAUGAAUUCCCUUCAUGGCUGAUACCUAUUCAAGAAAAUGUCAAUGGAAUUUCGUCAUGGUCGAUGCCUGUUCAAGAUUCUGCAGAAAAUAAAGCUGCUUCUGUCUCCAAGAGCCAUAGCCAAGCUGAGAAGCGGCGUAGAGAUCGGAUAAACACGCAGCUUGGAAUUCUUAGGAAACUAAUUCCCAAAUCAGAAAAGAUGGACAAGGCAGCUCUGUUAGGAAGUGCGAUCGAUCAAGUGAAGGAUCUUAAAGGAAAAGCAAUGGAAGUAAGCAAAACUAUCACAAUUCCAACAGAAUUCGACGAAGUAACUGUUGAUAUUGAUGAUUCUAAUGAUGUUUUUCAACAUUUAAGUACCACAAGCACAGCCCACAAAGACAAGGACAACAUAUUUAUCCGCGUUUCUGUUUGUUGCGAUGAUCGACCAGAAGUAUUCUCGGAGCUCAUUCGAGUGCUCAAAGGCCUUAGGCUGAGCAUAGUUAGAGCUGAUAUUUCAAGUGUAGGUGGAAGAGUUAAAAGCAUUCUAAUACUUUGCAAUAAGGAUUCUAAAGAAGGGGGCGGCAGCGGCAGCGGCAGUAAUGGCGGCGGCGGCGGCGGCGUUUCUCUUAGCACUAUCAAACAGUCGCUAAAUGUAGUUUUGAGUAGAAUUUCUUCAUCCUCUAUGCCAUCAAACUAUCGUAUAAGAAGCAAGAGGCAAAGGUUCUUUUUGCCUUCUCAAUAGUCAUAUUAAUAUUUUAUUAUUAUUAUUUCAUAUGAAUAUACGUAGUCUUCAUUAAAUGUAUUAAAUGUAGUAAUGUUUUCUUUC